UUGAUUGAUUGAUUGAGGUGUUUAGAUUAAAGAAGGGAUUAAGUAUUAGAGGUUACAACAUGCUUGUCUUUUAAGUUGCUCAUUGUCUUUAUCUUAGAUAUUUCUAUUAUCAUAUCCUAUAAAAAUUUUUAUAAAGAAUUAAAUAAUUUAUACAUGUAAUACAUAUGGAGUCUUGCCGACAAGGAAAACAGAGUUUUCAUUGAUUGGACAACAAGGUUUGGUCCCACUACAUCCACCGUCCACGUACACGACCAAAUCUCAUGCACACACAUCCCAAGUCAAAAUCCACCGUCCAUUUGUCCACCAUUUAUGGUACAUAACAGUGACACUAAAGAAGUCAGUGAAGACCACUUCCAAGUAUCUCAAUUGACGUGAUGUGUUAAUGCUCUAAUCCUUUGAAUCCACUCACAGUGCUUCUCCAUUUCACUCCUCAUUCCUCAUUUAUAUAUAUCUCCAUAUAUAGUGCUUCAUCUUUGAAUAUUAUACAUCCCCACUCCUUUCUUUGUCUUUCUCUUUUGUGUUUCUCAUCACUCUAAAUAAAACAUAUUAUCAAAUAUAUCACCCAUGUCACAUGCCUGACAGUAGUAAUACUUCUUCUCAUCAUCAUCAUCAUCCUCAUCCUCAUCCUCAAGAUGAACUUAGAGACAUUCAUGCCUUGAUUACUGAUCAACACCAGCCAUCAUCACUUAAAAGUGAGUUACUGUCAAGCCUGAUGAACAGAGAGCACAUGAGGAGCUCUAUGAAUGAUGAUGGAGCUGGAGAUGAUCAACUACAACAAGAAGAAGAAGAGCAAGAGGUGAACCCUUUGGCUAUUGUGGUUAAUCAGGAACAUAAUAAUAAUACUAGUGAUCAUCAAGAGGCAGUGUCCUUGUAUAGAGUGAGGCAGGAAGAGGUGGAGACUAAGAUAGUUGCAUGGCAAACUGAAGAGGUGUCUAAGAUCAACAACAGGUUCAAACGCCAGUCUGCUAUCAUUUCUAGUUGGGAAAAUGCUCAGGUUGACAUGGCCACCAAUAACUUCAAGAAAGUAGAGAGAAAACUGGAAGAGAGAAGAGCCAGAGCAAUGGAGAAGAUGCAGAAUGAGGUGGUGGAAGCAAAGAGGAAGGCAGAGGAGAAGAGAGCAUCAGCAGAGGGCAAGAGAGGAGAGAAGGUGGCAGGGGUUUUGGAACUGGCUAAGCUUAUGAGGGCUGUGGGAAGAGCUCCAUCUAGGAGAUCUUUCUUUUAGUUAUGUGCAUGGCCACCUUUGCUUAAGCUUGUGCUUGUGCUUGUGCUAGUGCUAGUGCUUGUGCUUUGUUGGAUCAAUGAUAUAUAUCUGUGUACAAAGAGACUUAUUAUUAUGUAUUUUGAAGAAAUAAAGCAGAGUUGUGUGUUUUUGUUGAUUGAA